CAGCAGCAGAAAUUCACAAUAACAAUGCGAUAAGCGUGUGCGGUGCGGUGCGUGCUCUUGUUUGUGUGUGUGUUGUGUUGUGAAAGAGAGUGAGUGCAACGAGAAUAAGAGAAAUGCCACAGAAAGUGAGUGAAAUCGAACGGAACGCGGACAUCAACGACAAUCUCCGUCGGCCGCUAAUGAAUGGUGAAGGAGGGGAAGGGGGAGCGCAUAUCUACGAGAAUCUUCCCUCGCCCGCCACACCCCAGCUGUGCCCUCCGUCGCUGUCUGUACCGUUGCCCGAUCUCCGCAAAUAUUUUGCCCGCGAAGCCAUCUAUGAGAAUCUCUGCCGCGGCUGUGGCUAUGGCGUCUUUGCCGCCCAAGGUCAUUACUGCCAUUUCUGUCAGUGUAUUGUGAGCGGUGGUGUGCCGCCAUCCACUCUCCCCUCCCCACCAUCACCCAGCGAGGGGAAUAUCUACGAGAACAUCUGCGAACUAUGUCGGCAGAUCUACAGCGACGGGGGGGAGUGCCACUGCCAGGCAGAAAUGUCCACGCACACGCCCACGCCCACUGCCACUCCGGAGCCAAAGACAAAGCCACCCACACCGCCCACAACGGGGGUGAAGAGCAAGUCGAGGACUCUGCUCAAUUACUCGAAAUCCAGUGCCGCGACCUUGACCCGUCUCUUUGGCUCUCUCAAGCACCUGAAUCGCUCCGGAUCGCUGCAAAGGAAGAUCUUCCAAAGAGAACCAAGAACGGGGCCGGGCUCCCUGGAGAUCAUCCACAAUGUGGGCGAGGUGUUUCGCACUCAGGAGACAUUCGACAUGCAGCGAAUCUGCGAGCUGAAGAGCCAACUGCAGAGCAGCCAGAGCGAUCAGCACAUCUACGGGAGGGUACGAGAGCCGGACAGAGAUGCGGCGGUGGCGGCGCAGGAAGUUACGCUUGUGCAGGAGAAGGAGCAGCGCAAGAAGCCACGCGUGUCACGCAUUCGCCUGCUCCAGGCGGAGGAGGAGGCGUCACUGUUUCUCAAUGAGAGCAUUUGCCACUGGAUGGCCACGUUGCGGCAUCAGGUGCACAACUACGAGGAUGGGGAGGGCGUGUGCCAACAGCCAAAGAGUGUGCCGCCCUCCUACGAGCGAGAGAAGGAGCGUGAGCGAGAGCGGGAGAUGGAAACGGAGAAGGUGACCCUGCGAAGGGUGGGCGAAAAGCAGAGCGGGCUCACCAAAGCGGAGCCCGAGCAGCGGCUCGUGGAUGACUUCAAGCGAAAGCUCAAGCUGAAGAGAGAGUCGCCCCCGCCCUCUGUACCACUCGUGCAGCAGCAGAGAGAGCAGGAAGAAGAAAGCCGGGAUCGAGACCGCAACCGGGACCGGGAAGAGAUCAAGGAUCAGCGUCGCUGCGGAAUCAAUGAGCAUUUGAAUGUCGAUUUUGUCAAUGAAUUUCUGAGUGGCCUAGAGGGAGAACCAACACAAGAGAGCCACGGCAGUCAGCCAAGAGAGCCCCUCCCGUUGGCGAUGAUGACGAUCCCACCAUUGAAUGGCCGUAUCUCGCUCUGGCAGCUGAUGCAAAGCGCAGCUUUGGCUGCCAGCCUGCAUGCAUGUGUGCGUGACUUCAUGUGCUUCUAUGACAAAUCAUUGAGCCGCAUGCUCAGAGAGCAGCAGCAAGAGAGCCAGAUCGUUAAAAUUGAGCGCUGGCUGAGAGCGCAGCGGCGGCGUUGUGAGUCAGUUGCGCCGGCGUUGGCGGCUCCACCGGCUCCAAGGCGAACGCUUUCAUUUCUUCCCGCGACGCCGGCGAGUGACGACGUUAGUGCUGCGAUGGUCGCUAGGCCUCCUCCUACCCUUGCGACCGACAACAGAAACAGACCCAGUGAUCCACAAGAGAGUGAAGCGAGUGCGAGUGUGAGGGAGAGCGUAAGCGUGCAGCGAUCGGAAAGCGUUCGUGAUAACAAAAACAAUAGCACAAACGCGGCGGUCGUUGACGGCGACGGCGACGUUGACAGCGACUGCGACGGUAACGGCGACAGCACUGUGAUGGCAGCGCCCAAACCAUGCGGUGACGCUGAGCAGCGGCUCAAUAGCAACAACAGUAGCAGCAGCGACAAUGAGAGCAGCAGUGGGAGCAGCGGCAGCAAAGAGCAUGGCAUUGCCAGCAAGCAGCAGCAGCAGCAGCAACAAAUUACUCAGAAUUGUGUAAUUAAGGUGCGUCGCCCGGCCCCGAAAGUACCCGUACGGAAUCCGAAUACCGCUCUGAGUAAUCCUCAAAAGGAGAGCAACAACAACAACAAUCAGGUGGACGAAGCGGGUAGACGACUCUCCGAUGGCAGUUACGGGGAAGAGGAGUCCAUUUAUCAACCCAUUUGGCAGUUCAAGACCCUCGAGCCUCCCGUUGAAGAUCUUGAACAUGAAGAAGAGAUUGCUGUCGAGGCGGCGGCGGCGGCACCAGAACUUGGCGACAACGAAAAUGACAACGAAGAAGAGGAUGAUGAUGAUGAUGACGACGACGACGACGACGACGACGAUGAUGAUGAAAAUGGUGAAAUGGAGGAGGAGGAGGAGCUGGAGGUAGAAGAUGACUUUGAUGAUGACGCAGACGCUGAUGCUGACGCCGAUGUUAUGGCCAUUCAGGCAGCUGCGGUCUUUGCAGCCGGAGUCCGAUACAAGCUCUCAACAUCGACGCUGACUAAGCGCUCGAAAAUGAUGCUGCCAACGCCACUGCCAUCGCCCACAGCAUCGAUGGACCAGGGCGCCUGGGAGACGGAUGUGGAGUUUAUGUUCUCGCGGGACAGCAAAGAGGUUGUGGCCCCCGAGGAGAGCCCCCAAGAGAAGGAGCAGGAGCAGGAGGAGGACCUCGAAUACCAGCUGGAAAUGGAGGAUACCCUGGAGACGCUGAGUCUCGGGAGUACAGUCACGAAUAGCACAGCCACCAUGGGGUCCAUAAGCAGUACGGGCAGCGCCUCCCGCAUGCGACCGUCAUCAUCACAACAAAAGGUUCCACUGGUGCAUCCACUGCUGCGCAACAUUUGCAUAUUCUAUAGCAUACGGGAACCAAAGAAAUAUAGCGCCAUCUUCUAUGACUACCAGCGCUCCCAAGUCCAUCAGCGAUUCAUGACACGCAUCCGACGUCCAGCGCCACCGCCACCGACACAGCCUCUGUCAGCGCCAAAAGCACCAAAGAUGCAGCAGCAGCAGCAGCCACCACAGAUGAUGCCACUGCCGCCUUCUAUUGCUGCACUCCCACCUUUGCCACUGCCAACCAUCAAUGAUGACAGCGGCUGCAGCUGUGAUGCGGCAGAGGACAGUGAGGUGGUGCAUUCUCAAUCGAAAUUCGUUGCCAUUCCGACACCCCUCAAAGAGGACUGGGCCCUGGCCUGCCUGGCCGCAGCGGCGGUCACCAAGCGAGGCGUUGGACCCCGUUCCGCUCGCAAGCUAAGGGUACGUUCCAAUGCCCGGCUUCUGCUUACAGAUUCGGUGCUGGCCUGGCGGGCGAACCUUCAAGAAGUCAACUGUUGCGAGGACGAGGAAGAUAUGAUUGUGCCAGUGACUGAUAUAUUGCGGGCACAGCAGAUCCAGGAGGACAGCGAGGUGCAGCAGACACAGCAGACGGUGAUAUUGCAGCGCUACAAGAGCGCCUCCAUUGGGGAUCUGGUGGAUCUGCCCGGCGAGGAUGACAAGAAGUCCAUCAAGAAUCGCAUGCGCAUGAAAUUUGCUGUCAAUAGGGAUGUGUUUCGAAUCAAUCGCUCGCCAAAGAGCGAAAAGAAAUCGCGCACACGACGCGGCCAGGUGAAUAGCCUGUAUCUGGACGAGCAGUCCAAAUAUCCGAUCUUUGGGGCACCUCUCAACGCCCUGGAGCUGAACAUGACCGAUCAUCCGAAUGUGCCGCGUUUUGUCGUCGAUGUGUGUGCCUAUAUUGAGCGUCCGGAUUGUGUCGAACAGGAUGGCCUGUAUCGGGCCUCCGGCAACAAGGUGCUGGUCGAUGAGCUUAAGAAAAAGCUAACGCAUCUGUACGAUCCACGCUUCCUGCACACCGACGACAUCCAUACGCUGACCAGCCUGCAUAAGCAGUUCUUUCGCGAGCUUUCGGCUCCGCUCAUCACCCAGGAGGCUUACGAGCGUCUGGGGCGCAGUCUGAGCGAUGAGGCGGCCAUCGAACGGAUGCGUUUUGCAUUCGAUGAGAUGCCCGAACCGAAUCGAUCCACACUCAGAUUCCUCAUCAAGCAUUUGACCAGAGUUGCUGCUGCCAGCGCUUCGAAUCGCAUGCCCUCCACCAAUUUGGCCAUCGUUUGGGGCCCCUGCCUGCUCAGUGCCAAUCAGAUUCAGCUGGAUAUUGGGCGCAUGAACAUGUUGGCCAAGGUGCUGAUCGAGAACUAUGACCGGAUCUUUCAGCCGGACAACGAGCGUCUCGUCUGCUAGGAUCCCCCGCCCAAACACAACAUUUUUAAGUGCCUCAAGCAUCACACCCAACCAUACAGACAAUCAUCACAUACACACACACACAUACCCUCACAUUUAUUGGCAGAGAGUCUUUGAGAUUUUCUCUACAUUUUUGCCCAGAUUAUCGCAUAUAUUUUUGUUAAUUUAAAACCCUUUUUUAUGUGUUUGUCUAAGAUUUUGUUUCCAGCUUUAAU